UCUCGCGCGCCUUGCUUCCGUCUUCCUCCUUUUUUUUAAAAUCCCUUUCGUCGUACGGACUCCACGGGCAGUGACUUAGCGAUUGACUUGUUAGCUUUCAGCUCAGUAGUUCGUGCGGAUUGGAGCGCGGCGUCCGAUUGUUCUUGGAUUCUUCAUCUGCAGCAAAGCUGUAAAGUUCGCUUCCUUAGAUGGCAACUUGAUCAAAUUCGACGGAUUUUUCAGUUGCGUCUCCUGUUUCUUUGCCGGAGCAACUUGGCCACUUUCCGUGCGCUUAUGUCACUUUCUUAGAUACGCUGUUAUUAGUGUGUGAAUGCUAGAUUCUAGCGCAACAUUUAGGUGGCAUAGCCAAAGGACUCACGUGUAUUGAUGUGAUCCGUGCUGUGCUGCUCUUAAUGUAUGUGCAGUGCAGCUGUUUUCAAGUGCCGUUCUUGAUAGCGGACAGGAUAGGAAAUAAGAGGCCGACCUAUAUAUGUGCCUAGUGGAAAAAAGAUGGUUCUGUUCCCUGGAUGGUUGGGUGCUGCCACAUUCAGUUUUACCGUAUCAGCAUUUCCCUAUAUGGUGCCGGUCGGAGAUUUUUGCGUGGAUUGCCAAUUUGGGUUGGGCCAUUGUAUUCUGUUUUCAGGUGGUACCUCUGGUAGACUGGUAUGUGCCUUUCAGCCGUCCGUUGUGAACACUUACUAAAAACAAUUUCAAGGGUUUACCUCUUAUCAAACUGAAUUUUGUUUACCUCUUAUCAAACUGGAUGAUUAAUUUUGCGGUGAGCCGGUGAGCAGUGGCUUGUUCUCUCUCCGGAUUUUCUCUAGAAGCCAAGUGGAGAUAAUAUUUUCUUCUGUGCUCGGAAAAGAAAAAAAAGUUUCUUAGUCGGUGCCGCUGAUGGAAAUAUUUAAGUUUCCUUAACUUAUCUCUUGGUUAUGUUGGACUUCAAAGAUACCGACAAAAAUUGCCGUGCAAGGCAAUGAUUUAUAUAAAAUAGUUAUUACAAAGCUUUGGCAAACUUCCAAAAUAGAAAGGAUAGCACUUCUAUUGAAUGAUGAUGUUAGAAGGUCCGACAAAAACUGCCGCGGUAGAGGACAUCAUAGUUUGUUGAAUGGUGAUGUCAGAAUAUCUCGACAAAAUUUGCCGUGAUAAAGAAGUCAUUGCAUAUGGGGUGGUGAUGUUAGAAGACGCUAACAAAUAUUUCCAUGAUAGAGUAGCCCAACACUUCAAAUGGCGAUGUUACAAAUUGGCAGCAUUGUUUUGGAAGAAAAAAAAUCAUAUUCCAUUUGAUAAUCCAACGAUGAUAAGCAGCAUUUACUAUUGGAAGUGACUAUAUGACUACUAGGAGGUAUAUAUUUUUCAUUCAAUUUUUUUUACAUAAAUUAAAGUGUUACUACGAUAGAUCAGUUAUUUAUAAUCGUCAACUGGGGUAUUCAACACAUAACAGAUAAGGAAAUUAAAAUAUUGGAUGCUGUAUGAGUAGGAAUGCAAGCGGAUGUCUAGUGAGUAGUGAAUCACUACGAUAGAUCAUUUUUGUUCCAUUUUUCUUGCUUUGAAAUCUGGAGUAGCUCAUUUGGACGAGUUUAGAUCUACCCGAUGACCCAAACUUGCAUCCCUAUGCAGAAUUUGAUCUGUCAAAAUUGCUUUGAUCAUAAAGACUAGGAAAGUUGAUACUUUUAUUUUCUUGAUUAGAUGUAGGGUGGUGGUUUUGAUGCUUGACUUGGAUGACCAGUAACGAUCAUGAGUAUCAACACUUCUAUCUUCCGCAUGUAUACAAAGCUAUGAGUUGUGUUCAAACAUUAAUUCAGCUGAUAUUGUGGCAAGCUUUAUGCUACAGAAGACAGUUUCUGAGCUGAGUGGAAGUACAUCUAAGCUUGAAUUUGACAUCUAUGAGGAAGUUGGCAUCCCUAACUCAACUGUGGUUAUUAAUUUUCUACAACCAUUAGGUGCAUCAAACUGGACAUAUGUGAUCUUCAGUAUUAUUCCUUAUCCAAUAUUCUCAACUAUGUCACCAACUUGGUUGAGCAUCCUUAGGGCUUCUUUUAUGUCCUUGGUUGUAGAACAAUCAAAACUCCACCUGACAGAGUCUCUAUUUGGGAGUUCAUCAAAUUUUGAGGUGGUUAAGUUCCCUGGUGGAGUUACCAUUAUCCCUCCACAGGCUGCGUUUCUUCUUCAGAAACCCUAUGCAUCUUUCAACUUCACUCUGAAUUUCCCAAUCUACAAAGUAAAAGAGAAAACAAAUGAGUUGAAACACCAAAUGAAGUCUGGAAUACGUCUCAAUCCUUAUGAGAACCUCUACAUCAAAUUGACGAAUUCAAAAGGUUCAACGGUUGCUCCUCCAACAAUUGUUGAGGCCUCCAUAGUUCUUGAAGUUGGGAAUCAUCAGCCAUCCGUUCCAAGGAUGAAGCAGUUGGCCCAAACAAUUGCUAAUUCGUCCUCAGGAAACUUGGGACUGAAUCACACAGUGUUUGGCAGAGUAAAGCAGAUAAGCCUUUCUUCUUAUCUUAGACAUUCUUUGCACAGGGAGGGUGGUACUGAUGCACCUAGUCCGGCACCUAUGCCUUAUCAAGAUCGUCCUCACCACCACCACCACCGCCACCGCCACCACCACCAUCAUCACCAUGAACACCACCACCACCAUCACAAUAUUCAUGAGGACAAGAAGCAUUUUGCUCCAUCUCCUGCUCCUGUACAUUCUCCUGUCCAACAGCCCAAAUAUAGAUCUCCAUCCCCAUCUUGUGCAUACGGAUACACCAAGAAGCCAAAGAAUAAAGCUCCUGUAGGCCCAACUGCUGAACCAGUAGCUAGCAACCAUCAUUAUGCUUCCCCUGCAACCAUACCUUGUGCAGUGCUGCCACCAUCCAUUAGUCCAUCGCCUUCUGUUCAUCACUCUCCUAAUAAUCCCAGGAGACACAACAGUGCCCUCGCUCCUUCUUCAGCACUUGUGAAGCCCCAUUUGCAUACAGCACCUCGCAUUCCUGGACAUCAUCCUGCUCCAACACCAGCUGUGGCCCCUGCUCCUCAUUCAUUUGCAGCAUAUGGCACACAAAGGUAUUCUUCUUGCCUUUGGCAGUGGGCCCUCACACUGCUCAUGUGUAUGCUGAUGGGUCUGCCAUGACGAGGACAGCUGUUCGAAACUAAAAUUAGUCCAGAACAAGCAGAACUGCUGUUCCGAGACGGUUGUAGGCGCAGAAUAACGCACCCAGGCUGGAGGUGAUGCUGUAUACUUGGAGAGCGUGUAUAUGGAUCGGGAUAUAAAGCAGCAGCGGGGCAUCUGUGCGUGUGUGUAUAGUGGCCAAAGCCAGAUGCGGCAGGCCCUUGUGUGUUAGCACAUGUGUUUGCCCAAAACACAGAUGGUGAGAAUCCAGUAUAGGCGCUUAUACAAAAAGAUUUGUCUCCUGUUCUAUUA